UUGCUUCCUCGAACGCUGAUUGGUUGAUUGGUUUGUUUCGACACAGGCUGUUCCCAGCGCGCGAGGCGCAGGGGAAGCCACGGCGGGGUCUCGUGGAGACGGGGACGCUCCCAGUAGCAGGACCGGUACCAGUACCGGGGAUACCGGGUGUCCUGAUGCCGACCACAUCCCUCGGAUCUCCUGAGACACCGCGGGUGGAACCAUCGAUGGAAGAACGGAUCAAUUAAUCAACAAUGAUCGAUAACUCGGAUUUAUUGAUUCCGCCCGACGCUGAGCACGUGGGUCUGUGAUGGGCUUUGGACCGGCGGGAGGAGACCAAAGCAUGUGGGAGUGAAACUCUGGAGAGCAGCAGGAAGUGACAUCACCACCAUGGAGGUCAGCACUCGACACAUUUCGGUUCCAGACCUUCUGUGUUGUCAGGACAACAGGAAGAGGAUGAUGGACCUCCAGGAGAGGAGGCGGAGCCUACAGGUUGCGCUCAGCAACCGAUUGGCUGAGCUGCGUAGCCUCUGUCUGCAAGAAGCAGAGCUAACGGGGAAGGUACCAAGCGACUACCCCCUGGAGCCGGAGGAGCCCCCCGUAACGAGGAGGAGCGUUAGUUUACCCAAUGACAAGAUGGCUGCCAGACCAGAGGAGGGGGAGGUCAGCCAGCGUUGCAAGUUGAAAAAAACGUUAUUCAUUAAGAGAACGGUCCACAGGGGCUGUCACACAGAUGAUACUGUAGUUGACAGCAUCAGUGACUUGGGGAGGCCCCUCCCCCUACCGCCUCGAAACGGACCAAUCACUGCACACAUCCGAGGCCAGCUGGGCCCAGUGGGCGGGGCCAGCAGCCCUCUGGGGGGAGGGGCUAGUAAAGAUGCAGUGGGCGGGGCCAGUAGUCCCCUGGGGGGAGGGGCUAGUAAAGAUACAGUGGGCGGGGCCAGCAGCAGCGAGGCUCUCUCUGCGGAUGAGGCCAGCAGGCCCAGCCCCUCCAGGCCAGGCCAGGGCCAGGCCCCGCGGCAGGCAGCGGAGUAUGGGGACCUCCUGCAGGAGUACGUUUGGGAUAAACAGCACCAGCUUCAGCUACAGGUUCACACUCACUCCAGGCAGCCCAUCGUAGGCCUGACCCCCACCCCCCCCCCGCCGCUCCGGGGGCACCCUGGGGAGCCGGGCAGAGUCAAGGUGACCCGGACUAAGUCCUGCGGUCCGUUCCUUUCCCCGGAGCCUCCUGAAACCCCCGUCGCCAUCCAGCCGGACCCCCACCCCCACCUGCAGCCCCCCCGACCCCCACAGCCCCGCCCGACACAUGACCCCAACCAGGACCCCCAGAAGGACCCCGCCCGGACGCUGCACAAGGCCCUGGCUCUGGAAGGUCUGAGGGACUGGUACUUGCGCAACACCUCCGGCUCGGCCCAGAAGACGCUAUUGGACAGGAAGGGAAAGGCUGCGGACAGC